UUAAUUGACAAGCAGAUCUUGUGAAGGUAACACCAAGAAACUGCAGGCUGUGUGACACUUACUUUUCUACUGUGAUAUUUAUUUUGAAAUUUAUUGAAGAAACAAUUUCAAUCAAGUUUUCUUUUUGGAUUUCUUACAUCCAGUGGACUGUAUAUUAUUUCUUUGGAUCUGUACUACUCUCUACUUUAAAAUAAAUUUGUAUUUGGAAAUUUGGUCGUGAGGUCAAGUCUUUGCCUAUCCUAUCUUGUCAUCGUUUUACCGAUUUCUGAGUGGAAUUUAAGACUACUGAUGUAGAAGAGCUUAAUAGCUCGAGGCUUUCACUUUCGAACACAAGAUAAUCUUUGUACAAGGAUCUUUUUGAAAUCCUGUCCAAUCUCUGCAAUUAUACUAGAAUGUUGUACUUCUCACUACGUUUAUGAUGAACGGAGGAAGGACUGAUGACAUAGAAUUUGAUAAGUCGAACGGAAUAACGCAUAUCUACAGUACAUUACUUAAAAUAUGACUGUUGUCCAGAGCAGUUAAACUCAUAUAUGAGGAGGAUUUCAAACUAUAAAUUUUCGCAUUUUGUUAUAUAAAUAUUGUAUAUUGGAUAAAUCAUCUGAAAAAUGGCUUCAUUGAGUGCAAUAAUUCCAUUGACUGUUAAAUCUUGGCAGCUUGUUAUUACUAUAGCAACACUUGUUAUCUUCCAGGUUGCAGCUGUUCCUAAUCGUGUCGACUUAAGUAAAGGGGUACCACAGCAACGCAUCAAACGGAAUCCAGGAGCAGGCCUUGUGUAUUACUCAAGUGUUUGUGAUGGAAGUACCAUGGACCUACGGUGUCCAAAAGGCUAUGUACUCGACAUUGAUCAAGCCAAUUAUGGACGCACGGAUACAAAAACUUGUAUCUUAGCCGGAACGCCUGAAACGAAUGACCAGUGUUUCUGGAUGCCCUAUUCUUUUGAUGUUGUUUCUAAAAGGUGUGACAAUAAAUCGUAUUGUUCAAUCAUUGCCAAUGUGAGUACAUUUGGCGGUGACCCCUGUCCAGAAACUCGAAAGUAUCUAGAGGUUACCAUGAGAUGUAUUGAAAAUCCUGCUACCGCACAACUUACGACAGCGGUACCUUCAACAACGCCUGAUAGACCUCAUAAUUUGAAGACUAGAACAACAAUACUUCCUCUUGGCGAGACAACUGUUAUCUUUGAUGAUAACGAUGAUGAUCAGUUGACUAUGGGUGUGGAGACAUCAACUAGUAGAACUACCACUAAAACUCCUUCAACAGAAGGCAAAGGUACUGCAAGAUGGGCAUGUGUUGGUCAACCUGCUCGCUGGUUCCCGGAGUCAGGACCAGAUUUAAGUAAUUGUGUUUCACCAUGGGUGAACAAUAUUACAAAGAUGGUGGAGAAGGGUGAAAGCUCAAAUGAAGUAACAGCGGCUUUAGCAGAAGUGACCAAUCAGGUGCCAGAAUUAUAUGGUGGGGAUGUCGUUGAGGUAGUGAACAUCUUAUCUACGUCUGUGGAAAAAACUAAAAUUGAGAUUGAGUCAUAUACAUCCAUUGAACAAAAGACUGCCUAUUCUACACAGGUUACUGAGAAUUUCAUUUCAACUGGUAGUAAUAUGCUUGCUGAUAAGAGGAAAUCCUCGUGGCAAGACCUUCCAAAGGGAGAAAAGACAGAUACCGCCACCAGCUUGUUGUCGUCUAUUGAGCAGAGUGCGUUUCUCAUGGCUAACACUUUUCAAGAAGAGAGAAGUUUUUAUGGUGAAGGUGAAAAUGUUUUGAUGGAAGUUGUGGUUCAUGAGAUGAAGAAGGCGACUUAUGACCUACAGUUUCCCAACACCCCAGGUUUUGCUAAAAAAUGGAAUAAUAUUCAAGACAGCAUCACAAUUUCAUCAACAAGCAUUGAAGACAAACAGCAGGACGGUAAAGUGAAGCUGGUCUUCUUUGCAUACAAUAACAUGGAAGAAUUAUUAGGUGUGAGCCAAAAAGCCAAAGGUCCGCUUGUAAGCAAGAAGUUUGUAAAUUCCCGUGUCAUAUCGCUAUCAGUCAACGACCCCUUAAAGCAGGCGCCCCUGAAGGAGCCAGUCAGGAUGAUCUUCAACCACUUGGAGACCAACGGAACUUCAGAUCCUACCUGCUCUUUUUGGAAAUUUGCUAACAGUACACAUGGAGAGUGGGCUAAUGAGGGUUGCCAAGUUGAACACAGUAAUUCAACUCAUACAGAAUGUAUCUGCAAUCAUCUGACAAACUUUGCCAUCAUAAUGGAUGUCAAAGGUGUUGAAAUUUCUGACGAGCACACGUUUGCGUUGUCUACUAUUACUUACGCUGGGUUCACCAUCUCCAUCACCUGUCUUUUGAUGGCUUUUAUCACCUUUACUGCAUUCAAAAAUCUGCAGAAUGAUCGCAAUACGAUCCAUAAGAACCUAUGCUUGUGUCUUCUUGUCGCUGAGUUUGUGUUUCUCAUCGGCAUUGAUCGAGGGGAUUUCCCUGCAGUAUGCACUGUUGUGGCCGUCUUGCUCCACUACUUCUUCUUGGCAUCAUUUGCUUGGAUGUGCCUAGAAGGGAUCCAGUUAUAUGUCAUGUUGGUAGAAGUAUUUGAAGCGGAAAGCUCAAGAAGGAAAUAUUAUUACCCAUUUGGAUACGGUGUUCCUCUCAUUACAGUGGCAGUUGCAGCUCUUGUGAAUUAUGAGGGAUAUGGAACAGAGAGCCAUUGUUGGUUGCAAGUUGAGAACCAUUUCAUCUGGUCCUUCAUUGGUCCUAUUUGUAUUGUUAUAAUGGUAAACACGGUUUUUCUCACGAUGGCGUUUGUGAUCAUGUGUCGUCACAGCACUAUAGCAACGAACAAACGACAGAAAACCACCAAGGAGAAACUGACGUCAUGGGUGCGUGGUUCCUUCGUACUGCUGUGCAUCCUGGGAAUCACAUGGAUCUUUGGUUUGCUGUAUGUUAGUGAUAGCACUGUCCUCUUUGCGUACAUCUUCACUAUUUUCAAUUCAGUGCAAGGCGUUUUCAUAUUUGUAUUCCAUUGCUUGAUGAAUGAUAAGGUAAAGAAGGAAUACAGAAGAUUUGUUCGCAACAAUUCCUGGAUGCCGAUGUGUGUUAGGGUACAGUUUGGUGGCGUGUCCUCUUCUCAAUCCAACCAGCAGGCGUCCUACCGAUCAAGCUCCACAUCAGCAAAAUUGCGUAACAUGUGGGACAAUCGUCGCUACAGUGAUUCAACCAGCGUUGACAAACGAAAGAGUAACACUUCACUAAACAAAGGAUCUUUUGGAGAAGCACCAAACCGAUUUAGUAUGAGCGUUGAAAGUCCUUCUUCAGAAACUCCGAUGAUUCGUGAAGGAGAAGAAUUUGUGAGUGAUGUUUUCAUUAAGGAACCCCAGGAAGAUCCAGCCCCUUUAGCUUUAGAUGAGAAUAGUGUUGUUGACGACAGCAUUGCGGAUCACUUGGGCUGGCGGAUACGGGAAAACCCGCUGUCUUUAUCUGACGUAAAGGAAGAGGAAGACAUACAGAAGACUUCAAAUGAUGCCAAUGUCACGGAAACAACUCACUUAGAAGAUGAUUCAAAGGAGGAGCAAAGUGAAAGUAAACCGUUGAUAAACGUUUAUGUGAACGGAAUAGCCGAGGCACAGGAGAAUCGCAAAAACAAUGACUUAGUUUCAGAGAUUAAUAAAAACAAAGUGAAUCAACAUUCUAAUGACGUCGGCAACACAAGUAAUGACGAUCGAAGUGAAAUGUUUUCAACACCGAAUGUGUAUGUUAUAACGGAAGAUACUGACGAACUGGAGGAAAAAGAUCGUGGUAUGCAAAGUGUAACGACCACCUCAGAGCACUAUGACACUUCUUGCAUGUCAGAUGAAGACAUCGUCGAAGAUCUCUGAUCAGCAAACUAACACCUAACAGACCAAGCCAACAUUCAAUCUACCACAUACAUACCAUCUCAGUCUCUUAACAGCUUGGUGCUAAUGAUGCUUAUUAAUUGUUAGAUGCAUGGCAUGUGAACUCACAACUAACAGUGAUGAUGAUUGGCUAGAGUCACCUUUGUAAACUUUAGGCAAAAAAAGUAGAUGGCAACUUCACAUUAAGAAAUUCCAAUGUGUGCUUUAAUGUAAACCAUGGUGUGUCUUCAACAACCUCUCUGCUGUUUAGUACCGUAAAUGUUUAUGAUCGUGUUUUACCAGAUGCCUGUUCGACUACUCUGUGAAUAUUGUUGACAAUUUGUAUAACAUAGUUUAUAGAUGACUUUACUAUUUAGCAGAAUUUACCAGUUGAUUGUGUACAAUAACAGUUUUUGAGUUCAACCUCUAUUUGGUUUUGCAUACCUGAAUGACAUCCAUGGUGCAGAAUUUACCACUGAAGGAAACAAAUGCUGAAUGAAAGUAGUUUAUUAUUUAUUGAUGAUGAAAUGUUGUUAUAAUUAUAACACAGAUGUUGAUGAGAAGGUGCAGUUUUAUACAAAAUUGUGAACCACAGCUUUUAUAGUUAUUGCAACAUUCUGUUUGUCAAGAUGAACACUAUAGUCAUUAGUAAAUGUUACAACAUUUCCUAGCCUGAAUUUCCAUAUUAGUUGUGAGAUAAAUGUGAACAAUUUUAUAUUACUUGUUCAUGCUGAUAAUAAUAUUUAUUAUAUAUGGUGAAUAAAAUUUGCUGGUACUGUAUUUCUACAGUAAAUAAUUAGAAUUGAAAAACAAAUGAUUCCAAAAAGCUUAGAAUAGGAAUGAAUAUACAUGAUGAUUUAAUUGUUAUAUAUUUUGCCAAAUAUUAAAUUGUUGUUGUCGAGUUAAAUCAAGAUAACCUUGAUGUUAUACUGUAAUACAUGUUUAUGUUGCUGAUUCAAAAAGUGUCUUACAAAAAUAGGUGUGUUACUUUUAAAAUUUCAUUCAUUUUUUUCCUCUUUCAUAGGAUGUUUAAAAUAUUUGAUAACCUUAAAAAGGGAACAAACACUUCAAUUGAUUGGUUGAAAUUGUAAAAAAAAAAAAAAACUAUAUAUAUGUUAUACCUUGAUUAUUGAUCUUUAUAUAUAAAUAGUUUUGUUAUUAUUUUGAUUUUUUUCUAUUCUAUUUUUGGUUAUUUAUUAACCCCAAAACAAUUUCCUCAUUUUAUUGUUAUUUUUACAUUCUAUGUAUUUCUGAUAUUAGUAACAUAUCUUUUACUUUUUUAGAAAUAUAAAGUAUUUUGAAUAUUUAUUUAGAAAAUGACCAUUGAGCAAGUUAUGUUAUAUUCUGUUGACCAGGAUUUUUGUUUGCAUGACUAUUUUAAUGUUAAAUGUAAACAAUGACCAUGUUAUUUUGAUAGAAGUAAAUAUUUAAAUAUAUUUAAGUAUUAUGUUUGAGCUGGACAACAUGGAAUUCAGCUUUUCCAGAAAGUGCACAGUGGAACUGAAGAUUAGUUUUGUAGUCAAAAAAAGUAACAUAAAUUCAAGAAAAAGAUAUGCGAGUUUCUUUUUUAUAUAUAUUAAUGAAACAUGUUUUUGGAAAAUUAUUUUCAAUAAUGUACUUGAAUUGCUACUUAAGUCAUGGUCAAAGGCGAUUAGAGCCAUGGUGAUUGGGUCAUUGAUGUCUGAAACCAUGGAAAUUAUAUACCUGGUGACUAGCGUCAUGGAAACAAUUAAUUUGAACCAUAACAAACAAGUAACUGAAACUAUGACAACUAUGUCACUUGUUACUGCAACUAUGGCAGUUAAAGUGACUGGUGAUUGAAGCAUAACAAAUUUAAAGGACUGGAAACAUGGAAACCAAUUGAUACAUGGCAAGUAGAAAUGAUAUCAGGAACUAUAGUAGAAAAGUUCAGCAUUGACAGAAAAGCACCGCAAUUUAAUUGUAUUUCUUAAAUUAAUAUAGAAAAUUGUUCAUGCCACCUAGAAUCGUCAAAGAGCAAUUUCCUUGGUAUAAUGUAGUAAAGAAGAAACAGGGAUAGUUGUCAUUCCAUUUGUCAAUAAACAGCUUGUUAUUGUUGUUGUUUCUGUUUCUUCGGCUUAACUGAAGCAAACAUUACAUUUAAGGUACGAAAUUGAAUAUGAUAUUGGUACCUUUAUUUGAACAGUAUUACAUUUUUGGAUUUAAUUGUAAAAGAAUACUGUACACUUGUGAUGUAAUAUAGUUGAUAGCUUGUUGUAUGCAGUUCCAUGAUUGUCUAAAUAAAUAAAACAGAACAUUUUGUGCUGCUA